AGCAGCCGCAGCCGCUGCCGCCACCGCUGCCCCGCGCCCUCCCCACUUCCAGGAGCCCGAAGCCCCGCAGGGCCAUGUCCCCCGUCCCCACGGGGACCCCGACCCCGCUCUGAGCCUCCGCGUCGGGCCGCCGGGCACGCUGUGCCAUGGCCAACUCUGGCUUCCAGCUCCUGGGCUACUUCCUGGCGCUGGGCGGCUGGGUGGGCAUCAUCGCCAGCACGGCCCUACCCCAGUGGAAGCAGUCUUCCUAUGCCGGGGAUGCCAUCAUCACUGCCGUGGGCCUCUACGAGGGGCUCUGGAUGUCCUGCGCCUCCCAGAGCACCGGCCAGGUGCAGUGCAAGCUCUACGACUCCCUGCUCGCCCUGGACGUUCACAUCCAGACUUCAAGAGCUCUCAUGGUGGUCUCUGUGCUGCUGGGCUUCGUUGGGGUGGUCAUCAGUGUGGUGGGCAUGAAAUGCACCCGGGUUGGAGACAACAACCCUGUGACAAAGGGCCGGGUCGCGGUCUCAGGGGGUGCCCUCUUCCUCCUGGCAGGGCUCUGUACACUGACUGCUGUCUCCUGGUAUGCCACUUUGGUCACCCAAGAGUUCUUCAAUCCCAACACACCAGUCAAUGCCAGGUAUGAGUUUGGGCCAGCCCUGUUUGUGGGCUGGGCAUCUGCCAGCCUUAUCAUGCUGGGUGGCUCCUUCCUCUGCUGCACCUGCCCUGAAGGAGAGAGACACAGCACUCAGCAGCCCUAUCGAGCCGGGCCUGCCUCUGCUGCUGCCCGGGAACAAAUUAUAAAAGUGCCUGCACCCAUGAGGGGAGACCCAGGCUUGUAACCUAGCAACCCCCAUCCCUGGCUCCCUCCCCAGCCCCUCCCAGACCCCAGCCGCUUCUCUCUCUCCAUUUCAUUCCCUUCCCUCCCGCCCUGUGAGAAGCCGUGCUUUCUGUGACUUUGGUCCGCAUGCAAAGAGAAGUCCUGAUUUGUUUUUCUUGA